AUGAAACCGGUGGUAUUUUUCCUAUCUUUGUUUCAUCUCAUAACAUCAUCCUUCAUCAUAGACUGUGGACAAAACCAAUUUUGUACUCAAACGCCAGAUUCUGAAUGGUUCACAUAUAGAGACUCUGCCCAAGUUCUUCGUAACAUGACAACACUAGCACAAGAGAUACAUGUCUACAUGAGUAAUAAUCAGAGAAAUCAAGAACUGAUUAAUGCUCGAGAUGUCCUUUGUGAAGACGACACAUUCACCGGUUUCUUGUUAGAAGUUGAUAUCAAGAACAGCACCAUGGCUUGUAUAUGGACAGGGGAUGGUCGGAAAUCAUCUUGCUCUCCGGUACCUUCGCAUUACACCAAGAAAACUUACAACUUCUUAACAAAAAAAAGUUGGAAGAAUAGACUUGUAAACUUCAGACGAAGCAUCGGAUGCAGCGAGGAAGAUAUAAACAAAGCGAGAAAUGUUUCGAAAUCAUAA